GAUUGCCCGCACUCAGCCUGAUAAACAGCUGCUUACCAUUUAGGCCACUUCACAAAAAAACUUUUCUCCGAACUCCUUGAAUCUGGAUUUUUUUUUUUCUCUGCGUGUGUGUGUGUGUGUGUGUGUGUGUGUGUGUGAGUAGCCUUCACCGCUCUUUGUCUGUGGACGUUCAGAUAUAGAAAGUCUGCACCGCUGGAAAGCUCGAGUCUGGACUCUAGGUUUGCGUAAUGCUGAGGCGUCCUAUGCUCAACAUCUGGAUUAACUAUUUGGAGUCAGAGCUAGCGGCUCUACACGAAACUCUCCGACUGUCUAGUCUAUCUUCAUGGAAAGACUUCCCUUUUUACUCUGGACUUUAACUCCUUUUGAUACACCGAGUGUUGCGCGUAGAUUAUGUAUUCUUUAAAAUGGGUGCGAACAAUGGAAAACAGUAUGGAAGCGAGGGUAAAGGGAGCUCAAGCAUCUCUUCUGACAUAAGUUCGAGCACAGAUCACACACCGACCAAAGCUCCAAAGAAUGUGGCUACCAGCGAAGGUUUAGACUCCAGCACCCGGACUCUGAGCACCCCCAGCCCCGGUCUUAUCCUGCCAUCCAAGUCCUCCUCCCUCUCCUCACCUGCCCUCUCCAGUAACGGCCAUGACACCAACUCCUCUUCCUCCUCGUCGGCCCGCGCCGAGACCGUCGCCGUGGUCCACUCCCAGCCCGGCACCCACACGCGCUCGCGCCAGUCCAAAAGCCACCACCACGCCCUCGUUGACCUCCUCCCCGACCACGCCCUGCUGCAGAUCUUCUCCCACCUCCCCACCAAUCAGCUGUGCCGUUGUGCGCGCGUGUGCCGCCGCUGGUACAACCUGGCGUGGGACCCGAGGCUGUGGGGCACGGUCCGGCUGACCGGGGAGCUGCUUCACGUCGACCGCGCCAUCAGGGUGCUGACCCACCGGCUGUGUCAGGACACCCCGAACGUGUGUCUGACCCUGGAGACGGUGGUGGUGAACGGCUGCAAAAGGCUCACCGACCGGGGACUGCAUGUGGUGGCCCAGUGCUGCCCGGAGCUGCGCCGCCUGGAGGUUGCCGGCUGUUAUAACAUCUCCAACGAGGCCGUGUUCGAGGUGGUGUCCCGCUGCCCAAGCCUGGAACACCUGAACCUCUCAGGCUGCUCCAAAGUCACGUGCAUCAGCCUCACCCAGGAGGCCUCGCUCCAGCUGUCCCCUCUUCACGGCCAGCAGAUCUCCAUCCACUACCUGGACAUGACCGAUUGUUUUUCCCUCGAGGAUGAGGGCUUGCGAACUAUCGCCUCCCACUGCCCCCGCCUGACACAUCUGUAUUUACGCCGCUGCAUCCGACUGACGGACGAGGCCUUGCGCCAACUGGCUCUCCACUGCCCCUCGAUAAAGGAGCUCAGCCUCAGCGACUGCCGCCUGGUGGGGGAUUUCGGCCUGCGGGAGGUCGCCCGCCUGGAGGGCUGCCUGCGCUACCUGAGCGUGGCCCACUGCACGCGCAUAACCGACGUGGGCAUUCGCUACGUGGCCCGCUACUGCCCGAGACUGCGCUACUUGAACGCCAGAGGUUGCGAGGGGCUGACGGACCACGGCCUGAGCCACUUGGCCAGGAGCUGCCCCAGACUCAAGUCCCUGGACGUGGGCAAGUGCCCGCUCGUGUCGGACAGCGGGCUGGAGCAGCUGGCCAUGUACUGCCAAGGCCUGAGGCGAGUGAGUCUCAGGGCCUGCGAGAGCUUGACGGGCAGAGGACUCAAAGCUCUGGCGGCCAACUGCUGCGAGCUGCAGCUUCUCAACGUGCAGGACUGCGAGGUGUCGCCAGAGGCUCUGCGGUUUGUAAGACGCCACUGCCGACGCUGCGUCAUCGAGCACACAAACCCCGCUUUCUACUGAGACCAGGCGGGGGGGGAGGGGGGGGUUGGAGACGGGGGAGCUCUUGGUCUGGUCCUCUGACAAGUGGAUGUUCUAAUAUUCCUGCUAUGGAGUUGGCAGAGUUCAGCAGCCGAUGUGUCAGAACUGGUUGAAAACCUGGUGUGCAAUACUGGCCAGAAUUUGUCUCUUUGAAUCCGCCUGGUGGCUGUUGAUGCUGAAAAUACUUCCAUAGACUGUAUUUAACAUAUUUAUCUGUAAAAAAAAGGCAGAGAAGUAGCGUAUGUCAGUAUAUUACGUCUUCACACUUUACAACGUAAACAACAUGCUACAACACUGAGCAGCGGGUACAGUCGUGUCACCACGUAACAGCAUUGUUAUAUAUUUCAUAUUUCAACACCUUACGGCCCUGAAACAUAAUCAUAAUCGUACAAUCCUGCAUCUAUUUAUAAACAGUGAGUAUCUUUAGACUGAACCACUAAGAAUGUAGCUACGACGCAGCAACUAAAGCAGAACAUAUUCUCAGUUUCACUUUCUUUAUGUUGCAUAUAUGCACUUUAUGCAAUUGUGCUGACAAUCACUUCAACUGAGCUCAAAGUGUCAUCAUUUCUUUUCAUUUUCUGUAAAUUAAAACUAUUAGCCAGAGAUUCUUUUUUUUUUUUUCAAAAGCCAAAUAGAAACAAAGUUGUUGUUGAGAUUAAUAAACAAAGAACACAUUGCUGCUAUAACUGUGCCAAUAAACUUCUUCAAAAGCC